AAAUUCUCCCUUCUUUUCCGCUAAACUGUCAAAAACUAGCGUACAAUGGCCAAGUCAAAGAAUCACACUAACCACAACCAAAACCGUAAGGCCCAUCGCAAUGGCAUCAAGCGCCCAAUGCGUAAACGCCACGAAUCUACCAUGGGUAUGGAUGUCAAAUUCUUGACCAACCAACGUUUUGCCCGCAAGAACAACUUGUCUCGCGCUGAAGCCGACAAACGUUUCAAGGAACGUGUUGCCGAACAAGCUGGCAAGAAGAAGCCCGUUUCUCUACAAUAGAUUGUUUGUUUAUUGCAAAACAAAAGUAGAUUUAAAUGUAGUGUGAAUUUGCAUUUGCUGCCUACAAAAAGUUUUUAAGGAAUUAAAAAACAAAAUACAAAAUAUUUUUGUAAACAAA